GCCAAACACUCUCUUUGCACUAACCACAUUCAUUCUCUUGUCACUGUUUCUUACAACUCCUCCGUAACCCAAGGCAUUAGCAUGGCAACAAUGUCGAUGGCAUCCUACGCGUCAAACCGCACAGCUUGGAGUGUGGAGGCGAAAGUGAAAUCAUCGGUUUCGGUUCCGGUGAGCCUGAUUAGGCAGGAAUUGAAAUACGAUGGAUUGAGAUCUCUGGACAAGGUGCACGUGCUAAGCACGCAUGCGACCAAAACGAGAAGCUCUUUGUCUGCUAAGAGUGGGAAAAGUGGACGUGAGAGGGUUUUGGGGAAGAUCGAAUGCGGGAUGAACUUGAUCUUCGUGGGAGCUGAGGUGGCACCUUGGAGUAAAACAGGGGGACUUGGUGAUGUUCUCGGAGGACUUCCACCAGCUUUGGCUGGGCAUGGACACCGUGUUAUGACAGUGUCACCGCGCUACGACCAAUACAAGGAUGCAUGGGACACUAGUGUGACGGUGGAGGUCAAAGUUGCAGAUAGAAUAGAGACUGUUCGUUUCUUUCACUGCUACAAGCGAGGUGUUGAUCGUGUUUUUGUGGACCACCCAUGCUUCCUUGCGAAGGUGUGGGGCAAGACCGGUUCAAAACUCUACGGCCCUAGAGCUGGAGAGGAUUAUGAAGAUAACCAACUUCGAUUCAGCUUGUUAUGCCAGGCUGCACUUGAGGCACCAAGGGUUUUGAACUUAAACAGCAACAAGUACUUCUCGGGACCAUAUGGUGAAGAUGUGAUCUUUAUUGCCAAUGAUUGGCACACUGCUCUUCUUCCAUGCUACUUGAAAUCAAUGUACCAGAACAGGGGGAUUUAUAGAAACACAAAGGUUGCAUUUUGUAUUCAUAACAUAGCAUACCAGGGUAGGCAUGCCUUUGAAGACUUCCCUCUUCUCAAUUUACCUAAUGAAUACAGGAGCGCUUUUGACUUUACUGAUGGGCAUCUUAAGCCUGUGAAGGGAAGGAAACUUAACUGGAUGAAGGCUGCAAUAAUAGAAUCGGACCUAGUGCUCACUGUAAGUCCAUAUUAUGCCCAGGAACUUGUUUCCGGAGAGGAUAGAGGUGUAGAAUUGGACAACAUAAUUCGCAAAAGUGGCAUCUCUGGUAUCGUGAAUGGCAUGGAUAUUCGGGAAUGGAGUCCAAAAACUGAUAAAUUCAUAGAUAUACACUUCGAUACAACAACUGUCAUGGAAGCAAAAUGCCUGCUGAAAGAGGCCCUUCAGGCAGAGGUUGGCUUACCUGUAGACAGGGAUAUCCCUCUGAUAGGCUUUAUUGGUAGGCUUGAAGAGCAGAAAGGUUCAGAUAUUCUUGUGGAAGCUAUCCCAAAGUUCAUUGACCAGGAUGUUCAGAUCAUAAUUCUUGGAACUGGCAAAAAGAGCAUGGAGAAGCAAAUUGAGAAACUAGAGGAAAUUUAUCCGGAGAAGGCCAGAGGGAUAGCAAAAUUCAACGGUCCCUUGGCUCACAAGAUUAUUGCUGGAUCUGACUUCAUAAUAAUCCCAAGUAGAUUUGAACCCUGUGGUCUAGUUCAGUUGCAUUCUAUGCCAUAUGGAACGGUGCCAAUAGUUUCUUCCACAGGUGGACUCGUUGACACCGUUAAAGAAGGCUUUACUGGAUUCCACAUGGGUGCAUUCCACGUAGACUGUGAGGCAGUUGAUCCUGAUGAUGUGGAAAAGUUAGCAUCUACCGUAAAGAGAGCCCUUGAAACCUUUGGUACCCCAGUCAUGCAAAAGAUUAUCAAGAACUGCAUGGUCCAAGACUUUUCAUGGAAGGGACCAGCCAAACAAUGGGAAAAAGUGUUGUUGAGCCUAGACGUUGCUGGCAGUGAAGCUGGAAUUGAAGGUGAUGAGAUUGCUCCUCUUGCAAAGGAAAACGUGGCCACUCCUUGAGCAUCACCAUUGAGAUCAUCUUUCUCAAUCAAUACUUGCCAGCAAUCUGAUUAUAAACGGAGCCACCUACAGAUAUUUUAUCAACCAUCUCUAAGGAAGGGGCGAAACUUCAAUUUCAAGCAAAGUAUGAAGCUAAUUAUCAUAAAGCUUUUUCAUCAAGGAAAUUUGAAGUGCAUGAGUUUUAUAAGUUAAAAAUAAUAUAGCAUAAGGUGAAUAAAUGUCAAUCUAUGCUUUCAAA